AUGCCCCAGAUACGGCCGUCGCGAAUCCGCAAUGUUCUUGUCUUGUGUCUGAUAUUGGCGCUUGGCAGUUAUAUUAUGAUCAAAAUUGCAUUCCCGAAAGACGAUUAUAGACAUGCUAGUCGCAACAGUCCUAAUUGGAAGUAUAGGACUAAGAGAGAUGUUGAUUAUAACAACUAUGGAAAUAGCCAUGGUGGUCGAGUUUAUGCUGGAAAUGGUAUAACAGAUAAUGAAGGUGGUCGUUGGGCUGAUCAGGGACCACUUCCCAAAGGUGUAGCAGGUGGUCCAAGAGCACGACAGCCGGUUGCUGCUGCAGUUCCUCCUCCAGGUCCGGGGAAUCUUAAGCUGGCUGCAGACAAACCGGAACGUGGGUCUCGUCAGGGAAGAGUCGGUUCUAAGAGUGAUGGGUAUGCUAAUAAUGUUUACAGACAGGCUCAAGUGGAUGUAGGUUCUGGUUUGGGUUCUGGUUCGGGAAUUGGGUCUGGUUCGGGAAUUGGGUCCGGGCCACAUGUUGGAGUUGGAGAUGGAGUGGGAGGAAAGGUUCGAGGAAGACUUCGAGAGCACGGGAAAGUGACGGAUAAUGCCAAUGAGCCUGGAAGUCGGCGAAAUAAUAUUUACGAAAACCUCGAUAAUCUUGAUUUGGACGGGUUCUUUGACCGAGAUGAGUUUGAUAUCGAUUACGAUCUGGGUUCUUACGAAGAUUACUUGUAUGAUGAUGACAAUGAUGUAGACUAUUACUACGAUUACGACGGCAGACCGGACUCGUGUCCCGAAUACGGUCGAUACUCGUCAGUGCCUCAUUAUCCUUUAAGUCAGGGUCCAUUGCGACUGCCGUUCCAACGACCAUUGGAUGCAUGUCGCACAUUUAAAUCUUCUGCUGUCGAGAACCUGAUCCAGAAGUUCAAUCGGGAUUUAACAGAUUUAGAUCUGGCAAGACUUUUUGAAAACUGCUUUCCGAACACUCUUGACACAACCAUCCGUUGGCACUAUAACGGAUCUGAUGAAAGUAUCAGCAGUAGAGACAGAGAAAGAGACAGAGAUAGAGACAGAGAUAGAGACAGACUGAAUAAUGUCCCGAAAACUGUUAAAGGAAUUCCACAGACGUUCGUGACUACUGGAGACAUUAAUGCUGAAUGGCUAAGAGACUCACAUCGCCAGCUUCUACCCUAUAUUCCUCUGACAAACGAAGACCCUGCUUUGAAACUGCUUAUUCUAGGUGCCAUCAACACACAAGCACAAUUUGUUUCGCAGUUUCCCUAUUGUAAUGCAUUCCAUCCACCUCCUGCUAGUGGAAUCAGAGUUCCUCGUCAUAACUCCGACGAUAAAGUGACUCCGCCUGUUGAUUUGCAUGUUGUGUUUGAAUGCAAGUAUGAACUGGACAGUCUUGCUUCGUUUUUGGGUCUGUCAAACGAAUACUAUCGAGUAACAAAGGACCUGUCUUUUGUUAAUGAUCAAUGGCUUAAAGCACUUGAUAUGCUAUUGAAAGUAUUGGACGAACAGUCGAUACCCACCUACUCUGAAUCUGGAACUGGUACUGCAAACACUCCUAAAUACACAUUUCAACGCAACACCGAUACCGGCACCGAAACCCUCAAUCUUGGAGGGAUGGGUAAUCCUGUGAAUGCCAACACAUCUCUGAUCAGGUCAGCCUUCCGGCCAUCUGAUGAUGCCACUAUCUACCAGCUGUUUAUUCCAGCCAACGCUCAAAUGUCGGUGGAGCUCAAACGAGCAUCUGACCUGCUCUUCGCAGCCAACCGACCAGAGUUAUCUGCUAAGGUGAAAAGUCUUGGAGAGAGCAUCGAAUCCGGGAUCUGGGAGCAUGGUGUGUACAGACACAAGGUGUUUGGUGACGUUUUUGCAUAUGAAGUAGAUGGGUAUGGAGGAGUCGUUUCUCUGGACGAUGCAAAUCUUCCUUCCCUUCUGUCCUUGCCGAUUCUUGGGUUUGUGGACAAAGCCAAUCCCGUGUACCAAAACACCCGUAAAAUGAUCCUUUCUAAAGCCGGCAACCCAUACUAUCUUCACGGCCAGUGGUUCAGCGGGAUCGGAGGGCCCCAUAUUGGCGUUCACAACGCCUGGCCCAUGAGUCUGCUCGUCGCCAUUCGGUCAUCUGAUGACGACGAUCAGAUUGAGACGCUGCUGGACAUCGUCAAAAAGUCCACAGCUGGUCUUGGCCUAAUGCACGAAAGUGUCAAUGUCGACGUCCCCUUCUCGUUCACCCGGUCCUGGUUCGCAUGGGCCAACUCGGAAUUCGCGCAAACGAUCAUCGACAUCGCCGCUCGCAAACCCCAUAUCAUCUUCGACGACAACAAACCACCUCUCCACCCGGGCACACAGGCCCAGCACCCGCUUCAUGCAGACGAUGUGUGA